AUGAGGAGGCCGUUCGCGAUGACGCCGAGACGCGAGUUGCAUACCAGGGAGAUGGAUGAAGAGCAUCUGCAAAGCCUCAAGGUAAACACGCAGAGAUUGAUGGAGGAUAUACACUAUACCAGCCGAUGGGGCACUGGUGAGAAAUGGGGAGAGAAACCCACCGAAACGGGCGUGUCCCGCCUCGCCCUCUCGGACGCCGACAAGGAAGCCCGAGAUUGGUUCAUUCAUGCCACUGAAGCUCUGGGUUGCCAUGUAACCAUUGACGAAAUGGGCAAUAUAUUCGCGGUCCGACCAGGCGUGAAGAACGACAAGCCGCCGACUUUCGUGGGAUCGCAUCUGGAUACGCAGCCUAGCGGAGGGCGCUACGAUGGCAUACUGGGAGUCUGUGCGGGAGUCGAGAUGCUGAAGGUGCUCGCGGAUAACUGGGUGGAGACUGAGUAUCCUGUGGGUGUCGUCAAUUGGACAAAUGAGGAAGGCGCUCGCUUCCCCAUUUCUAUGAUGUCGUCUGGCGUUUGGGCGGGCUAUAUUCCCCUCGACACCGCGCACAACGCCAAAGAAGUACACCCUGGCACCACGACGAUGGGCGCUGAAUUGAAGCGCAUCGGCUACAUGGGCAAAAUGCCCUGCUCCCACGAGUCGAUGCCCAUGGCCGCUCACUUCGAACUCCAUAUCGAGCAAGGGCCGCUCCUCGAAAUGUCCAACAAGAAGAUCGGUGUCGUAACCGGCGUACAGGCCUAUAAGUGGCUCCAAGUAACCGUAAAAGGGAGGGAGACGCAUACCGGCACAACCGAUCUGAAGAGCAGGGCAGAUGCACUACUGACAGCUGCGAAGAUGAUUCUACACUCGCACAAACUAGCUACCGCCAACAACGCCCUCGCCAGCACCGGCAUCCUGCACCUCAAGCCCGGCAGCACAAACACCGUCCCCGGCGAGGUAACCUUCACGCUCGACAUCCGCGCACAGAGCGACGAAGCAGUCGCCAGAAUGGAACACCUCAUCAACCACGACUUCCACAAGAUCGCCAGCGGCGAGAACGUCGGCGGCCUAAACCCCGGCUGCCCACUCGAUGCCCUCAACACAGGCUGCACCCCAGGGCUCCCAUGCACCGUCACCAUCAAAGAGUUCUUCAAGUCUCCCGCUACAAACUUCAACCCGCUGUGCAUCGACGCCGUUAACAGAGCUGCACACUCGGUGCUCGGGCCCGACUCCCAGGACCUGGUCAUGGAGAUGACGAGCGGCGCUGGGCACGAUAGCGUGUAUACGAACAAGCGGUGUCCGACGAGCAUGAUCUUUGUGCCGUGCAGGGAGGGCGUUAGUCAUAACCCGGCGGAGUUUUGCAAGGACGAGGAUUGUGCGCUCGGCGCGCAGGUGCUGCUUCAGAGCGUGCUGCGGUUCGAUCGCAUGAGGGAGGUUCAGCGGGUGACGUGGAAGCAAGAGCCGUAUACCUUGGAGGAUGUGCAUGCGAGCGAGAACGCGAGGACUUGGGAGAUGGAUCGAUGA